AUGGAAAUUUUACUCGCUCAUCGCGACAUAGGCACUAUCAAAGGAAUAAAAUCAGCCGGCGUAGCCCACUUCUUGGGGGUCAAGUAUGCGGCGCUUGCUGAUCGCCUCGCUCCGCCAACUCUAGUGACCAGCUAUGCGGCCGACUCAAUCGACGCCACAGCAUAUGGUCCUAGUGCAGUGUCUCCACCGAUAGGAUGCGACAUGGAGUUUGGCAUUAUCCAGCACACGUUGCCGAAACCUCAACCCCCGCCAUCGUCAGCUAUUGACUGCCUGAACCUAAACAUCGCGGUACCGCUAGAUAGCUCUGGUGGAAUCGAUACUGCAGGCAAACUACCUGUGUUUGUUUUCAUCCACGGCGGUGGUUUUGCUACUGGGUCAAAUUGGUGGCCGCAGUAUGAUGCCGCCGAGCUUGUGCGGCAGUCUAAGGCUAUGGGGAGGCCGAUUAUCGGUAUCAAUAUCAAUUACCGUCUUGGUGCUCUCGGCUUCCUCACUUCGGAAGAGCUUCGUCAGGCUGGAUAUCCUGGGAACAACGGCCUCCGUGACCAACGGACUGCACUGCAGUGGAUAAAAAAGUUCAUCGGAGGGUACGGAGGGUCGCCAGAUGAAGUGACAGUCGUUGGCCAAAGUGCCGGAGCUUUGUCCGCGACCAUGCUCCUGCAGUCCAAGGAGCCUUUGAUGAAGCGUAGUGCUGCGUUUGGAGGAACAGCCCUUCUGUUCAAACCUUUGCCACUGCCGGCCACCGAAUUCGCGUAUAACAGUGUUCUUCAAGCACUAGGACUCGUUGGCAAGUCGGCAAAGUCUCGUAUCCAAGCUCUCUUGGAGAUACCAGCCGACGAGCUGUGGCAGAAAAUUCCCCCCACGAUCCCGCUGAUGCCCUUCAUGGAUGGCGAUAUUGUGACUGCGGAACCAACAUUCGAGAUGUUCAACGGUCCGCUUGAUCGCACCGAGCUAGCCUUCCCAGGACUCAAAUGGUGCGAGAGCAUCAUGGUGGGAGACUGUCAGUUUGAUGGAAAUAUCUUUGGCUACAUCGGCCUCCACGAUCGCAAGACCGGCAUAGCUGCUCACUUUGUAAGGUCGGUCGAGGCGACGCUGACAUCCAAUCCGACAGCGGCAUCCGCCAUCCUAGAGGCAUACCAAAUAAGCUCAGAUACGAGCGACGACGACGCACUGCAUUCCAUCUUGCAAUUCGCAAGCGAUAUCACGUUCUACGCGCCAGCAAUCACCAUCGCCGCGACUUGGCCCCGUUCCGGGCAUUCCAAAGCGUACCUGUUCCACUUCAACGAACCAAAUCCGUGGGACGGCCUAUACAAAGGCAAGGCAUCGCAUCUUCUGGAUGUAGCAUACCUUUUCCAAAACUACACCGAGCACCUGACCGACGCCCAGAAGGCGGUGGGUCGCGCUUUCAGUUCGGAUUUCAUCGAGUUUGUGAAUGGGGGGGCGCCGUGGCAGCCCGUUUCAGCUGGAAGGAUGUGUGCUAGGGUGUAUGGCCCCAGCGAUGCGAAGGAGGCUGUCAAGUUCGCCGGUUCGGGCGACGCAGCGGAGUCAGGGAGGAACAGGAAGAUUCUCGAGCUUGGCGGUGCUCUCGGCUUUGAUGCGCUUGGAGAGGUCUACACAAAUUUCUUCCAGGGAAGGUAGACUCUUGUAGAUAGUUCCAUACAAAUCUGGCUUUAGUCUCGGCAAAAGCUCCC